UGCAUUUUUGGGGUCUUUUUUACUUAGUUACUAGUCUUUUCUUUUGUAUAUAUUUGCUGAUUUUUCGAGGUUGAUUCGGCGGAAUAAGUUAAUUUACGGUUAGCUGGCACCAUCCAUCAACGCGAGGAAUGUGGUUCUUGGAUGGUUUGAUCAUCAUGAUGCUGGGCAAAAGGGGUGGUGCAUUAUGGCUGUUGGUGGCGGCGGCAACGCUAACCUGCGCUGCCAGCAGACUCAUCCAGGUUGGAGGUAAGCCUGGUUGGAGACCGGACGUUAACUACACCGAAUGGGCCGCUCAGCAGCAGCUUUGCGUGGGAGAUUGGCUCCUGUUCAGAUUCGAUAAGAGGAUGUACAACGUGCUGGAGGUGAACCGGACAAACUACGAGCUGUGCAACGACCAUGAUUUCAUACAGAACAUUACAAGGGGUGGGAGAGACGUAUUCCAACUCACUGAGGCCAGGCCUUACUACUUCCUCUGCGGCGGAGGCUAUUGUUACGGUGGCAUGAAGGUGGCUAUUAAUGCUGUUGAAGCAUCCCCACCUGCACCUGAACCCACCCCCAAAAAUGGUUCCCCAGUGACAACAACCAGCAGCAACCUGCUUGCUCUAACCAUGGUUUCUGCUGCUGCGGCUGUAAUUUGGUGUCAUGGGUUUCCGCCUUUCACCGUUCACCGACUUUAGCCUCUCCCUCCUAUUUGGGAUUGCAAGUAUUGAAACCUAGUUCCUGUUUGCCCGUGGUAUGAAUGGAUCAGUAGUUUUACUA